AUGCCGAGGCUAGACUUUGUAUGUGAUUUGCAAGAGGCUUCAAGCCAAGGGAAAACCUCGCACAUGGUGAGUGUGAAGGCUGGUGACGAUGAUGGUGUUAUUUCCUGCACAUUUUCCCCAGAUACCCCAUCUGGGAAGCCAGUGGAAAUUCAGAUCCUUGUUUCCGACCUAUCUUUAUACCCAAAGGAGCACGAUUACUUUGUGUAUACAACAACUGAAGAUGUUUCCCAGGCGGUUACUGACGCGCUGGAGGAAGCCCAAUCCUAUCUUCGCGGCCUGUGCAUCUCUGACAUGCUCUUACAAAUUACCAGCACCCUGGAGAAAGCUUUGUCUGCUGAUUCAGGCAGUGAUGUUGAUAUGCCAGAUGUAGCUGAAGACUCCAAUGAUGAAUAUGGAUGGUCCCCACACUCUCCUAAAAUCACGGUGGAGCAAGCCGAAAAACCGGAUACUGGCAAGUCGAGCAAAAAUUUAGACAAUGUCGUCCUUGCCAAAAUGGCAGCGGAUCUUCGCGCGGCCAAAAUAGCUGGCUUCAGAGUGGGAUAUUUGGGAGAUCCAGAGGAUCCAAUUAUCUGCAUUUCGUGCCGGAUCUCAAAGCUUGCAAUAUCUGAGGAAGCUAUGCAAGCUUGGCAUGUGAAUGGAAACCAAUAUCUUGUCUGCCUUAUCCGCUAUGUAGACAGAUAUCGGUCUCUCGAAGAAAUUAUGCAAGAAGACUCUGCGUUUGGGAAGGCUUAUAUGGAAUUCCAGGCCGACCUGUGCGAUUCGUACAAGCCUACCCUCCAGAGUGCGCUUAUGGCAUUCAACCGUUCCUCCUCCAAGACGCCACCUACGAACAAGGGGACAGCGACUCUUUCGCAGGCUGACGAACCGAAUACUCGGAGGGUGACUCGGUCGUUCAUCAGCAAACCACUCAAUGCUCUUUUGAACGAACGUUUUAUUAAGAUCCUACGGUACAGACACACCUUCGGCUUCCCUUGGUCUGGAGCAGAAAUUUUCUUCAAUGAUAUACAGGGAAAGUCUCUCGGACAUGCAGACCCAUCAGAUCCUAAAUAUACUAGAGAAGAGAAGCUAGCUGCUUCAUCGACCGCACUGCCAGAUUUAGUAACCUCUGACCAUCUAGUAGAGAAAAUUGGCGAUGGCGCCUCUUUCCCACUGAUUACAAUGCAGUUUGUACUCCGUCAUUUCGUCCGGUGCACUGAGUUUUGUCUUGUCUGUCACUGCAAAACAGAGAACGCGUUCGAGGCUCUGAAGCCAUACGUAUGCUCCAAAAGCCUUUGUCUAUAUCAGUUCAUGGCUCUUGGAUUCGGGCCUAGUUUGGAAUGGGAAAUCAUAUCACAGCCCGAUGUUGUGGAUCUCCUUGUUAACUUCACCUAUGCCAGUGCUAAACUGGGCCGGUUGGAUGACUUCCCCACUGGACUUGGGCUUUUGGUUCCCGCUGUUGAAUGCUAUUCUCGUGAUGUAUCACUCGUGGGCUCCGGACUGGGCUCCAAAACCAGCUUAUCAAGUGGAAGUGUGCACCAAGCCAAAUUUGACCAAUCAAAGUUGGAACUUCUUUUCCCAAGUGGCCGUGGGAAUUGCCCUGUUCGUGCUGGGGAUUGGCUUGUAAUGUGCAGCCGUUUGUGCAAUGGACAGUUCCACUGUCGGGUGCAGGACAUCUCCUUCUUCCCCACGGUUAAACUGUCUAGCCUCAUCACCCGCCGCGCCUCAGCAUCAGCUGGCUCUAAACCGGGCUCUAAUGACAACCAGCCCAGUAUCCCAUUGGGAUACCAUGAUGUCACAUUUUGUAUCUAUAACCUUAACUUCGAUGACAUCGAGACCCCUGAGAAGCAGUUUACCAUUACAAUGCUCCUUGAUACAUUGCCCAGUGUCGAUGCGAUGAGGGAGUUCCUGAUGAAUACCACCGAUAAAGCAGAGCCUAUGCUUACCGAUUGGCACGGCAGGAUCUCCAAGUCAGCUUUGGAUGUGCUGCGUUGGAUUGUUGCUUCAAACCGUUCAUGCAUCAUCCAAGAUGGUCACACGGCACACGGAGCAUAUAGUGAUAGCGAUCGUGUCUCUGGUAUGGAAGGCUACAUGCAGUUCAGGUUCGCGCAGGGCGCCCCUGACAAGGAACAGCGAUUCAUUCAGGCAGUCGAUGCCGCAACCUCAAGACUAAACCUCAAGUACCCGACUAUUUUUGCCUGGCAUGGAAGUCAUAUUUCAAACUGGCACGGCAUCUUACGCGAGGGUUUGCAUUUCCGAGAAACACUUAACGGCCGUGCGUUUGGGGAUGGCGUAUAUAUGAGCUCCUUUUUCAGAACAUCGUCCUCUUACAUGAGAGGCUGUCAAGUAGCAUGGCCACAGAGCCGGUUGAAAAUCCAAUCAGCAAUAUCCCUGAACGAAGUCGUCAAUGCACCCAACGAAUUCGUGAGCAAGUCACCCCAUCUUGUCGUAGCGCAGCUGGACUGGAUACAAACGCGCUAUCUGUUUGUUAGCUGUCAGUCUGUCGAAGUCUGCACAAAAGAUCCCAUGAAAGAGCAUAUCUCGUCUGCCUGCCAUCUGCAAGACCCUGGAUAUACUGCCCAAGGGCCAAAUGGAAAUCCGAUUCGAAUCCCCGUAACGGCGAUUAGCCAAAAGCGCCGUAUUGGUGGGAGUACCCCUAAGGUCCAGCAAGCAAAUGCUGGGGACAUCAAUGCUACUCCGCUAGCAAUUAAGAGUUCUGCUGAUACGCAACAGCAAACCACGAAGGAAGCACUUCAGAUCUUCGGUGAUGGCUCUUCCAUUUUUCGACGUGUGUCAGCCGGAAUAUCAAAAUUCGACAAAUUUUCCCCAAGUACUUCGGCAAAGACCUCAGAUGCCAGGGAAGACCCAUCCACGUCAGAUGGCUAUAUCAGUGAAGACACUGAUGACGAAGAUAUCCUCAUACUUCUUGAAAACCCUCAGAACCGGUCCCACAAACAGGGCAACAGCAAUAACAGUAAAGGCAACGACAAAGGUAAAGCUCCAGUCCGCGACACACCCACCACAGCCACAACCAUCUACUCCUCCGCCCCGAAAACCGACUUUGUCCCCGGCACUCUUGUCGCAGCUAAACUUCCGCUCUUCGACCAACCAAAAACAGCAACACCAUGGAGCACUAAAGCCCUCCUACGCGAUUUCAAAACCACGCUUCAAACUCAAGACACCCACCCCCUCCACGAACUGGGUUGGUAUGUCGACCCGAGCAUAACCAGCACAAUCUACCAAUGGAUCGUCGAACUGCACUCCUUCGACCCUUCGCUCCCGCUCGCCACAGACCUCAAGCAAGCCGGUCUCAAAUCCGUCGUGCUCGAACUCCGCUUCCCAAGCGAAUACCCCAUCUCCCCGCCCUUCGUGCGUGUCAUCCGCCCACGCUUUCUCAGCUUCCUAGCCGGCGGCGGCGGCCAUGUCACCGCCGGUGGCGCCCUGUGCAUGGAACUUCUGACCAAUUCGGGCUGGUCAGCGGCGUCGAGUAUCGAGAGCGUGCUGUUACAGGUGCGCAUGGCGAUUUCGAGUACGGAGCCGCAACCAGCGCGUCUGGUUCGUGGGCAGAGCGUCAGUAAAGGGACUGUGAGGGAUUACGGGGUUGGGGAGGCGGUGGAGGCGUAUAUCCGGGCGUGUCGGAUGCAUGGGUGGGAGGUGCCGAAGGAUUUCGCGAGGAUGGCGACAGGAGGUGGGGGAGGUGUGAUGUAG